GGCGUACGAGUCGUGGUAGGCGGUCUUCUCAGACUCCUGCUGCGUCAGCUCGGCUGGGGGACCCUGCUCCGGGUUAGUUUUCAGAGCCACUCUCUGGGAGCGCGGGAUCCCGAGGGGGAAGAGAGUUUGACUCGCUUCAAGUCCAGAGUGUCAUUUCCCCGCGGGACAGGAGCCGGCGGAAUGGACGGGCCUUUGUCUCCCCGGGAGUCCGCCCGGUUUAUUGCAGAGCGCAGUCGGGAUGUGUCCAUCGACUUCUGCGGCGUGCGGCGGGUGGCGGAGCUGCUGCGGGCCCAGGCGUCGGGACCGCAGUUGCGCGUGGACGGGUGGAAGGCCAUACACGAGCUGAACCCCAGGGCGGCCGACGAGGCCGCAGUCAACUGGGUGUUCGUGGUGGACACGCUCAACUUCUCCUUUUGGUCCGAGCGGGCUGGGCACCAGUGCGUGGUGCGGUACCGGGGGAAGCCCUACACCGGGUACUGGUCCCUGUGUGCGGCGGUGAACCGAGCCCUGGACCAAGGGAUACCAAUAACUAGUGCCUCCUACUAUGCCAGAGUGACUCUUGAUCAGAUUCGGCACAUAUUUCGUUCUGACACAGACGUUUCCAUGCCAUUAAUAGAAGAGAGGCAUAGGGUUCUCAAUGAAACCGGGAAAAUUCUGCUGGAGAAGUUUGGAGGCUCUUUUCUUAAUUGUGUCAGAAAAAGUGAAAAGAGUGCACAGAAGUUAAUGCACCUGGUUGUUGAAAGUUUUCCUUCUUUCAGAGAUGUGACUCAGUUUGAGGGGAAAAGAGUUUCUUUUUACAAACGAGCCCAAAUUCUUGUGGCAGACACGUGGAGUGUAUUAGAAGGAAAGGGAGAUGGCUGCUUUAAGGAUAUCUCCAGUAUCACCAUGUUUGCUGAUUAUAGAUUGCCUCAGAUUCUUACUUACCUUGGAGCCCUGAAAUAUUCUGAUAGACUACUGGAGAAGCUUCUCAAAGGAGAAAUGCUUUCCUAUGGGGAUAAGCAAGAAGUGGAAAUCAGAGGUUGUACGCUUUGGUGUGUCGAGCUGAUCCGGGAUUGUCUUCUAGAGCUUAUUGAAAAAAAUGGUGAAAAACCUAAUGAAGAGAUCAAUUCUGUUCUUUUGGAUUAUUACUUAUGGGACUAUGCCCGUGACCAUAGGGAAGAUAUGAAAAGAAUUCCCUUUCAUCGCACACGUUGCAUAUAUUAUUGACCCCAGUAUAAACUGAUCCAAAGAAAACGUCUACAUUUCUAUAUCAUAUAAUCAUUUGUACAAUUUUGGUUUGAUUUUAAGGUGGUAUAAUUUACAUAAGAAAACUGAUUAUUAAGUCGCUAUUAAAAUUUUUUCUGGCUAGUGGCUCAUGCCUGAAAUCCUAGCUACUCAGGAGGCAGAGAUUAGGAGGAUUGAGGUUUGAAGUCAAC